AUGGAGCUGGCGUUGCUGUUGGUGCUCGGCGCGCUGCUGCCCGCCGCCGCCGCCCUGUACCUGUGCUGCGUGCGGCGGCACACGGGCAGCGCGGCCGCCACGCUGCACCGUCGGGAGCCGGGCCGAGCCGCAGCCUCUCGCCCGCUGCGGGACGCCGUGAGCGCGGGCCGCGGGGAGCGGGCCCGGCGCUCACCUAUCGCCUCCUCUCUGCAGUGGGCCCCGAGGCUGUGCGGCUUCUGGCUGCGGCUCUUCGUGCACGCGGCUAACACGGCUUUUGGACAGAUCUUGUUAUUGCCGCUCUUACUAAGGCUGAACAACUUCUCCCUCAUGCGUUCUCUUGACAUUCAUGAAGAUCCCACGUUUAUCCCAGAGGUUGCUGCAGAGGUUACGGAAGACAAAUCUGAGACUGAAAGCACUUUGGAUAUCAUCAAGCAGCUGAUAGAUACAAGGCCUGAUUCUGCCAGCCAUGGGUUUAGCUUCAAAGGGAUCAAAGACUAUCUGGACUGCUACCGGAGUGGGAAGCUGACGCCAUCUCAAGUAGCAAAGAACAUCAUUGCUGUGCUGGAGGACUGCGACAAAUCCACAACCCCACUCAGAGCAAUAGUGCAAUGGGACCGGGAGCAAAUAAUGCUGAUGGCCGAGGCCUCCACUGCUCGUUACAGGAAUAAAUGUCCCCUGUCUUACCUGGAUGGCAUCCCAGUGUGCCUGAAAGAAGAGUUCAAAGUGGUACCCUACUAUCACCGAGUAGGAACAGUGUACCUUGGAACAGAGCCUGAAACAGAAGAUGCCACUGUGGCCAAGAAGCUGCGAGAGGCUGGAGCUGUGAUUAUUGGGGUCUCAAACAUGCAUGAACUAGGGACUGGAACAACUGGAUGCAACCCUAAUAGGUACCACAAGAUCCCUAGGAAUCCCUACAAGCCCAACCAUUUCACAGGUGGGAGCUCCAGUGGGUCGGCAGCAGCUGUAGCAGCAGGUCUCUGCCCCGUGGCUAUUGGCACAGAUGGAGGCGGCUCUGUGAGGAUUCCUUCUUCAUUCUGUGGUGUGGUGGGGCUGAAAGGUACGUUUGGGCGGAUCAGCGGUCAUGGCAGCCUCCCACUCUCUUAUUCCACAGUCAGCGUAGGUCCUAUCUGUACCUCAGUGGCAGAUGCAGCCAUUGUUUACAGUAUUCUUGCUGAGCCAGAUCCGCUCUAUCCAUAUGGACUAAAGCAACCCAAAGCAACCCUGUCAGAUAUGUGUGCUCCUGACCUGAAAGGCUUAAAACUGGGAGUGGAUUGGACGUUUUUUAAGGCAUGUGAUGCAGAAAUCCUGUCCGUCUGUGAGAAAGCUGUGGAGUACCUGCAGAAUUUGGGAGCCAGCGUGGUUGAAGUAUCUCUUCCAGAGAUGGAGGAAGUGAAAAUAGCCCAUGCGAUCUGCAUUCUCAGUGAGAUGAGGGACUUCCUGCAGCCUGACUUCAACAAACAUUUCCAGGAAAUGAAUUUGGAGACUCGGGCUAGCCUGGCUUUGGGUUCCCAGUUCACCGCUCUGGAUUAUAUUACGGCAAAUCGACAGAGAACUCGCAGCAUGAGGUUUUUGCGAGAGAUCUUCACCACUGUGAACUGCAUACUUACACCAGCUACUGCUUCCACUGCCCCGAGAAUCCACGAAUCUGACCUCCUGACUGGGAGCAGCAAUAUUUCAUUCACAAUGAUGUCUAUGAGGUUCAUGCAGCUUGGUAACUUCACUGGGAUUCCAGGCCUCGUUGUUCCUAUUGGUUAUUCUACUGCUGGGCUUCCAAUUGGCUUCCAGGUCAUGGCGAAGUGGUGGGAUGAAGCUGUUCUUCUGAGGAUUGGCCUGAAGCUAGAGCAGUUUCGUCGCCAGACCAAAAAACCAACCAUUCAUUAUGACAUCCUUGAAUGAUUAAGAUGGGGAAUGAGUCUUUUUUUUCCUGUUGUCUGACCUGGCCAAAUACUAGAGUGGACUUGUUUUCAGUGUUUAACUGAAUGAGGUUUAGCAGCAGACCCAUGGGAGAAAUGAGGAGAAACACUUUUCAAAGCAGGUGUUGCUGCUUAGCAGACAUCAGUUCUGCUCUCUGUUCAUUCUUGGAUGGUCCAGCUCAUAGUGAGGAGACCAACUGUUCUAGCUUGUUCCUCACUGUGUUUCUGCCAACAGGGGAACCUGCAAGUAUCUUCUGCAACCUUUUUCCACGUCAGGGUCCCAUGUAAAGAUGGGAAACAGCUGCGGCUACACGGCUGUGUGUAGAAAGCCAGACUCUAAACCUUAAACCUCUCCUCCUGCUGCUGAAUUAAACAAGGGUACUGUUUUGAGAGAGAGUGGGACAGUUUCCCUUGAAAUAGCAUGCCUAACUUCCAUAGAAUAAGGAAGAUCCUAACACAUCUGCACUAAUGGAAGAGUGUGUUAAGCCCCUUAGUUAAGAUAGUCUCUCAUGGCAAAAUGGAAGGCAUGUAGGUAUGGAAAUAUUACUGUUUUUCUCCCUUGUGCUGCAAGCAGUGUAAAGUCAGUCUGACUUGUCCAGAGGAUGAAUGUGUUCACUGCAUGAGCAGUCUUACCCACCUACAACCUUACAUGCAAGGGGAGGAAAACUCAGAGCAUGACCAUUGAUCAAUUCUGUGACCUGAAGCCUUUGUUUAGGGGUUUGGGCCCUCUGUUGCAUUGUUGAUAAACAUCUGCUUUCCCUGAGCUUUGAGAGCCUCUUCUUUCCCACUAGUUGCCUAAGCAAUAAGUCUUCUACCAUAUAGGAGUCCCAGCGGAAGACACUAUCUGGUAAUGCCAUAAAAUAGCUCUUCAAGAGCCAGCUAUUUUGAGCAGGUGCAAUUUGUGUUACUGAGCUGCCACAAGAUUAGACCCUGGGUGCAGGAAACGAGUUGCAUGAAGCCACAGUGCAGCACAGAGCCAACCUCCUUUUGUCACAGAUGCCUGAUUACUUCUGGAAGUAAUCAAGGGAAAAAAAAAAAAAUGAGCAUGUGUUACAUAAAG